CUGUCCCCCACACAAUGGGAAUGGCUCUUUAGCCUCUUUCUGCUGGAUUUCAGGGCCGCUGUUCUCAUGUCGUGUGCAUGUGCACUGGCGUGCAGGAGGCGCUCAGAGAGCCCCUUCAAGGAGUCCCUUUUCCUCCACCGGGGUUCUGGGCACAGAAAGCUCAUAUAUGCUUUACCGAGCAAAUUGCUGGCCCAUGUUUUCUUAUUUUGAGACAGAGCCUGGCAACUCAGCCCAGGCUGACCUUGAACUUGUGUUCUCCCUGCCUUCACCCCUCAAGCCGCUAAGAUCACAGGUGUGCAUGUCCACACUUGGCUACUCUCUUGUGUUUUCUGUUUUGGUUUUUUCCCCCUGACUUCCCUUGGCCCAGGCUUUUUUUCAUUCCUCUCCACCCUGAUCCCACCAGGCUGUGUCCUGCCGCAACCCUAGUCUCCAGCAUCCCAGGGCUCAGAGGGAGCCUCUGUCACUCCUCCAAAAGCUGGAGUGUAUCUUCAACACUGCAGCAAGCCAAAGCACGAGCCACCAGCCCAGUAACCCCGGAACCCAGGCCAUGAGUUGUGGCUGCUCAACUUCCAGGUGCCCAGCUGUGUAACACCAGGAGUUCACUCACAGAAUGACCGUGGCUGAGUGGAAUCCCCUCUAGUCCUCUGCUUAUGAUGGAUGGUCCCUCCUGCAACAUCCCCAAAGUUGAGCCCCCCUCAUAGUGAACCCACUAAGUCUCAGUCAUCACUGAAGAUGACGGGCCCCAGACGUGCCUGGGGACUAAAGAGCAGACAAACACAAACUGAAAAGAGCCCAAUGUGACUGAUAAGAUGGCUCCGUGCUGAAAGGACAGAGACCCGAGGGGCCAGCAGGGCAUCUGCUAGCUGGAUACCUACUGUCCCCAGUCCCAUGCUUGCAUGCUGUCUCCUCGACUCCAGGGGCUUUCCCUCCCUAUCACGGCACAGCCAAGACCAAAGCUACAGAAGGAACUUCAUCUGCCUGGGGUAGCAGCGAACAGAUGCACCCUGCCACUAAGCUUUAAGGAUAUCCCAAGACUUCAUGAAGCCUUGGAGCCUCCACUAGAAGAUGCCUUGUGUCUGUGCCACUAAAGGAUUGGCAGGAUGGUCUAGGGGAGGCGCUUCCGAGCACAGGGCCCAGUGAUUGAGUCUUCUCAUCCUUGCUGAGAGUCUAUGAAGAGGUUCCACCUGGCUAGACCUCCAACUUCUGAUUACCCAAAGUCUCAAAGUGACAGGCUAGUGAUUUCUAGGGCUCUUGAUGACUGUAAUCAAUAUACCACAUUGUUUCCAUUUAGGGGAAGGAAAGGUCUUCAUGGAAAACAAACUUGUACCCACGAGCCUGGCACCCUGCUCUGAAAGGCUAGGCCCUGAACAGAUACAGGGUCCCUGUCCACAAGAGGACAGUGCCCCUUUAAAACCCAGUCUCCCUCCGUUAGGCUGUUGCUAUGUAUAGAUCCAACUUCCUUAGCAACCACCUGGCUUCUUAAAGGGGACUUGGAAACAGUGGUUGCCAUCGGCCAUGGCUCCUAAAAAGAAGCCGAACAAAGGCGGCGGCAAAGAGUUUGAGGGCAAGAAGAGGAAAGGGGGCAAGAAGGACACAAGUGCGGGCGUCAAGUCUGGGGAGUCCACCCUGGUGGAGGAGCUGAAGGAAUUCUACCACAAACAGAUCCAAGACCUGGAGGACCGGCUGGCCCGGUAUCAGCGGAAGUGGGAUGAGCUGGCUGUGCAGGAGAAGAUCUUCCGCCAGGAGUUCGAGCAGCUGGCCAAUAACAAGAAAGAGAUCGUGGCCUUCCUCAAGCGCACGCUCAACCAGAGGGUGGAUGAGAUCACGGAACUCAAUGACCAGCUGCAGAGUCUCCAGCUGGCAAAGGAGAUGGAGAAGGAUGCUUUCGAGGCACAGCUGGCCCAGGUGCGCCACGAAUUCCAGGAGACCAAGGACCAGCUCACCACAGAGAACAUCGCCCUUGGGGGAAAGCUGGCUGCCCUGGAAGAAUUUCGGCUGCAGAAAGAGGAGCUAACAGACAAGUACCUGGUGCUAGAGGAGCAGCUGCGGAAGCAGGAGAGCGAAUACAAGGACUAUGUGUACAACCUGGAGAAGAAGUCUGUGCUGGACAAGGACAGGCUAAGGAAAGAGAUCAUCCAACGUGUAAACCUGGUGGCCACUGAGUUCCGCAAAGUGGCCACCAACCAGAUGUGGGAGACGACCAGGCGGGCCAUCCUAGAGAACAACAGUGUGACUCUGCAGCUGUCCUGGGUGACCCAACAAGGUAUGCAGCUGCUUCAGGAGAAUGAGCAGCUCAGGAGCAUCAAGGAUAAACUGUACCACCAGGUGGAGCUGCUGGAGAACACCCAAGAGAUCAUGGCCAGAAACAGCAAAGGCCAUCAGAAGGUCAUCCUCAUGCUGACGGAGAAGUGCCGCCAGCAGAAGCAGGGCACAGAGGAGGCAGAGCAGCUGCGCGUCCUGCUGUCCCAACUGGAACAGAACUUCCAGCAGCUACAGAAGGACAACCAGACCCUGAGGAGUGACAAGGACCAGCUAGAACAGCAGCUGAGGGAACAGCGGGCGGAGGUGAAUCUGCUACAAGAGAAGCUGACUGAGGAAAAGAAGGUUAGGGCCAGCCUGGAAACAGUCCUGGCCCAGGCCACCUCGCUCCUACAGGACAUUGUACAGAUGCGAACAGAUGCUGAGGACGGUGACUUUGACGUGGUGUUCCAACUGCAGCGCAAGGAGAUGCUGCAGCAAUUGCUGGCUCUGCUCAGCUCAGCUGUGUUUUCAAAAGCACAGUUCAAUGUGGGUUGCCAUGAGGACCAGCAGCCCCAAGGCCCACCCAAAGAGAGCCAACUCAGCACCCAGGUAUCCAAGAAGGCGGCCACGUCCCUGCUACAGAAGCUCUCCGCCAUCACAACCUACAAGCCUGGGGAUCUAGGGCUAGUGCCUCGUCGGGUCCACAUCCCACCCAACCCUCACGACCUCAGGUUGCUCUCAUAUGUCACCAGAAUGGGGAUCUGCCGGUUACAGAACACUAAUGAGGUGCCCGACCAUGCCCACUCGAAGAAAGUUCCAAAGCUCCGUGUUCAUGCUCCUGAAGACCGAGAGAAGACCCUGCAACAUAUCUUUGGGACAAGCCAGGUGUUCUACAGCGUUGAUAGGAAACCAAGGACAGGAGGAUCAACAGUACCUGUCAAAGUCAGAGAGUACUAUCACCAAGGCCAUCAGUGCCUAGAACAAGAGGACUGGGAGAGCGCCGUGCUCUUCUUCUCCCGCGCCCUCCACCUGAACCCCAACAUGGCAGACUUCUAUGUUUUCCGUGCCGAGGCCUUCAUCCAGCUCUGCGAUUUCUCCUCUGCCCUGCAGAACCUGCGCAGGGCCUACACCUACCAGCCAGAGAACAGCAAAUACCUGGAGCGGCUGGCCUUUGUACUCUACCUACAGGGCCAGUGCUUGUACGAGCUGUGUGACUUCCAGGAAGCCUUGUAUGUCUUCUUGCAAGCCUCUGACCUCCAACCCCAGAAUCCUUCCUUUAAUUACCGCUGCAUAGCCUGCCUGCUGGCCCUCAAUCGACAUCAGGACUGCCUCUCACUCAUCACCAGGGAGGUGAAGCAGGGCAGGGCCAAUGCCGAUGUCUACAUCCUCCGGGCCCGGAUCUACAACUUCUUCCAGAAGCCUAAGCUCUGCUAUCAAGACCUUCGAAGCGCCUUGCUCUUCGAUCCCAAGCACCCACAGGCCAAAGGGCUACUCCAGAUGAUGGUGAACCAGGCCAAGCAGUCCUUUCAAGAUGCUAGCAUCCUGGCCGUGCAGGGCAAGCUGCACCGAGCACUGAAGCAUAUCUGCUGUGCCAUUGAGAACAACCCCCUGGACCCCAACCUCUUCCUCUUCCGGGGGACCAUGUACAGACGGCUCCAGCAAUUUGACCCAGCUGUGGAAGACUUCCUGAAGGCACUGGACAUGGUGACCGACAGCCAGGACAGCCUGGUGCAGAAGGCACAGCGCCAGCUGCUGCUGACCUACAACGACUUUGCUGUGCACUGCUACACCCAGGGCUCCUAUCAGGAGGGCGUGCUGCUGCUGAACAAGGCAAUCAGGGACGAGCAGAACGAGAAGAGCCUGUACAUCAACCGUGGGGACUGCUUCUUCCAGCUGGGCAACCUGGCCUUCGCGGAGGCGGACUACAAGCAGGCACUGGCACUGAGCCCGCAGGACGAGGGAGCCAACCUACGCAUGGGUGUGCUGCAGGAGAAGAUGGGAUUCUGUGAGCAGACACGCAGGCAGUUCCAGACAGCGGAGGACCACUUCUCAACAGCCAUCAAGCACAACCCUGAGAAGGCCCAGUACUACCUGCACCGGGCCAAGAGCCGACAGCUCCUGCAGAACAUUUUGGGGGCCCGCCAGGAUGUUGCCACUGUGCUGCUCCUAAACCCCAACUAUCCAAAGAUGGCCCCACUGAUGACCAACCUCUUUCCUGGCAUGACUGUGGAGGACGUGCUUAAGAGCCAAGUGGCCCAACUGGCCAAGCUCCAGCUAAGUCGGAUGCUAGAAAGUGGUCCGAAGGCCAUCCACCCACAAAGCAUUGUGAUGCAGAGGUUAAUGGAACGUCAGAAAGCCCGAGCCUUGAUGGAGUCGUGGAAUCGGGAAUAUACUUUCACGGGGAACCUGGAAGAGGAACUGGCUACUCCUCCGACCUUGAAAGGAAAGACUAAACUCAAGAGAAGAGGAGCAGAGGAUAAAAAGGUGAGUGGAACUUAUGCUAGGGCCCAUGCCCUGGAGUCUAAGCCGGUAUUCGAUGCAAAUACACUGGGGUUUAUUGAUUACAAGCUAGCUCAGACUGUGAAGCCCCGCAUGGUGAUAUCCCUGUCAGACAGCUACGUGGACCAGACCUCCUCGGGCUCAGUCUUCAGCAUCCUGAGCCUGAGCACCUCGGGAAUGGACAUAUCAGACAGUCAGGAGUAUAGGAGCACUUCCAACACAGCUGUGAUGUCUGAACACUCAAGGCCUCAGUCCUCAGACCCCAGGAAGAACAGGGAGAAACUAGGCCUGAGCAGGGCCCCCAAAGUCACCCAGGCCUCUGAGAACCCAGACCAGAACUUGCGUGAGACCACACCUGCCUAUGGCCAAAGAUGCCACUCCAGCAAGGCAGAAGCCAUGCAAAGCCCAGGAAGACAACGCCCCAGCCAGAAAUCCAGAGUGACAGAAGCCACCAUGGGUCCAAAGCCUAGAAAGAACAGGCCUGCCCUGACCCCAAAGCAGAGGCUCAGAAGAGCCAAGGCUGUUCGUGCCCAGAGCUGGAAACCCAGGUCCCAGGUCCACAGCGAGAAGUCAACAAAGACUUCCAGCGAGACCGUUUCCCAUGGCGGAAGCAGUAGUAGUUCCAGUGAGACCCAGGACCAGAGUCCAGGGCCCAGCAGUUCUGAGGACACCUCAAGCUCCAGUGAGAGCACAACAUCAAGCUCCAGCAAGACCGACCCCCUCCCGGAGCCGAGCCUGCAGCUCCGCAAAGCCCAGGAUCCCCAGGACCAGAACCUGAGCUCCAGCAAGACCGACCCCCUCCCGGAGCCGAGCCUGCAGCUCCGCAAAGCCCAGGAUCCCCAGGACCAGAACCUGAGCUCCAGCAAGACGGAGCUUUCACCCACCCCUAGCCAAUCUGCUGCCCCCUGAACGGGCCAAUGAGAAGGCCUUGCUGAGGGGAGGGCAGAUUUUCUCAACACCCUAGCUUUUAGAAAAGCUGCCUCCUCCAAGGGGAACAAGAAACCCUCGUCAAUGUUCUG